GGGGUGUACGUGUGUGACUGCAGUCAGAGCAGAGGACGCACACACAUCACAUCUCUAUUACACAUCGCUGCAGCCGCACCAUGACCAGCCAGUCCCAGGGGAUCCAGCAGCUGCUGCAGGCAGAGAAGAGGGCGGCCGAGAGGGUGUCCGAAGCCCGCAAACGUAAAGCCCGGAGGCUGAAGCAAGCCAAGGAGGAGGCCCAAGUGGAGAUCGAGCAGUACCGGGUGGAACGGGAGAGGGAGUUCCAGAGCCAGCAGCGCACCGCCUUGGGCACCCAGGGGGACCUGUCCUCCGAGAUUGAGACCCGGACCCGGCAGACCCUCCAGAUGGUCCAGAGCAGUCAUGGGAAGAACAAAGAGGCCGUUCUGAGGAGGCUCCUGACCCUGGUGUGCGACAUCAAACCCGAACUGCACCCCAACUAUCGCUUCACCAACUACUGAGUGCCCCCCACCGCCCCGGUACCCGCUGUGCCCGUGUGUAUGUGGAGCGUAAUAAGUGUCCAUGUGGUGUGUAGCAGGAGGGGCACGUCCUAAAAACAUAUCACCUUCUGUGAGGUGCGGAGCAGCUGAGAACCCCCUCCUCCCCCGUAUCGUUACCCAUAAUCCUCUCUGUUAUGUGAUUGUAUGACGAACAAUAAAGACACAACUUACCGUGUAA